GCGCGCAACCCUCCUCGUCAACCGCCCAGUACCCGCAGACCCAUACUGAAUGACCUGAUCUCGACCGUCCCGACCCAGAUCCCCUCCAUUCAUUAGUAUCGACCAUCAUGACCGACGUAGCACCCUCGGCGCCUCCAGUCUCGGAGAACACAAGCAACCUCGUCCGCGCCUCAGCAAAGCGAACAAGGGAGAUAUUCGCCUCUGAUUUCGCGUCGCCCUCUGCGCUCGAAGGCGCGUCCCUCACCACCUUCUCCGUCGCCCCGCCCGCUACAUCGCCUUCAGAAAUCGCAAACCGCUCCAGUGUCAGCGCGCGCAUCCGUAAUGAAUACGCCGACGUAAAGGAGCUGCCGGCCGCAUUGGCAGCCAAGCAAGCUAGCGCUGCUGCGACUGCUGCCGCACGGAGGAAGAAGGCAAAGAAGACGGACGAGGACCAGCCCUCCGACCCCAAGAUGAUGAAGAUGAUUGAGGGAAUCUCUGCGAAGGACGAGGAGAGAGCGAGUGCAGCGGGGACUUCACAGGCAUUGACGGUUCGUGGAAAGGGCGGACCCGUGCCUCCGAAUGCGAACGGACCGACACCACAGCGCAACCUGCCGUCGUCGAGCUUGGUGCGCAGGGAGAACUUGAGACAACCCAAGCCGGAAUGGCACGCGCCGUGGAAGCUCAUGCGUGUCAUUUCGGGGCAUUUGGGAUGGGUGCGGUCGUUGGCGGUGGAGCCGGGGAAUCAGUGGUUUGCUAGUGGUGCGGGUGACAGGACGAUUAAGAUUUGGGACCUCGCGUCAGGCAACUUGAAGUUGACGCUGACGGGACACAUUUCCACGGUGCGCGGGUUGGCUGUCUCGCCGAGGCACCCGUACCUGUUUUCUUGCGGAGAGGACAAGAAGGUCAAGUGCUGGGAUCUGGAGACGAAUAAGGUCAUCCGUGACUAUCACGGUCAUCUGAGCGGUGUCUACACCCUGAGCUUACAUCCUACUCUGGAUGUACUCGUUACCGGAGGAAGAGACGGUGUGGCCAGAGUUUGGGAUAUGCGGACACGCAGCAACAUCCAUGUCCUGAGUGGACACAAGGGCACCGUUUGCGAUGUGCAGUGCCAGGAGGCCGAUCCGCAGGUUAUCAGCGCGUCUCUGGACUCCACGGUCCGGAUGUGGGAUUUGGCAGCAGGCAAGACUAUGGGCGUCCUGACGCACCACAAAAAGGGCGUUCGGGCACUGACGACGCACCCGACCGAAUUCACUUUCGCCAGCGGUAGCAGCGGCAGCAUAAAGCAGUGGAAGUGCCCAGAAGGCGCCUUCAUGCAGAACUUCGACGGGCACAAUGCCAUUAUCAACACGCUGUCGGUCAACGAGGACAAUGUGCUCUUCUCGGGCGGUGACAACGGCUCUGUCAGUUUCUGGGACUGGAAGACGGGCCACCGCUUCCAGAGCCUCGACAGCAUCGCGCAGCCCGGUUCACUAGACGCCGAGGCUGGCAUUAUGAGCUCCACGUUCGACCGCACUGGCUUGCGUCUCAUCUGUGGUGAGGCUGACAAGACGAUCAAGGUGUGGAAGCCUGACGAGAAUGCCACGCCGGAGACGCACCCACUGGACUGGAAACCAACUCUGGGACGGCAGAAGUUCUAAGGCGCUGUGUGCGUGUGCGUGAACGAGGAGCAAGACACGAGUUGGAGGGGGGGUGUUUAAAAUUAGCAACAGGCGUUCCGGAUCAUGGGCAAUGAGAACCGUCGCCAGCACGACAACAAACGUAGAGGAAAGGAACGUGGAGAUGACGGCUCGUUCGGCUGCAUACAUUUUGUCCCGAUCAAGUAGGCAGUCCAUCUAUCAAAACAAACAAAGACCACGGUCGAUAAUACCUUAUACCCUUCGC